AUUAAAUAUCUAUAUCAUUGUUCAUUCGGUCAAAUUUUGUUUCGGAUGUAACUUCGGACCUUCCGUUCAGUAAGUUGAAAUGUGACUUUUCUUCAUUACGCAAUAUUUCUGGGGGCUUCUCUACAGGUCGGAACUCUUCUGUAAUUGAGAAGGACUAGACUAUUUUUCUUCUAUUUCUUUAUAGUUGUUCUAGCAAUGACUGUUAAACUUUGAAAGUUUUCUAAGGCUUGAUCACGAUGUCUAUAAUUUCAAUUUUUUUAAAUUUACGAUUCUCUUAGCAAGCAAACUAUAUAAUUUUCGUAUGGUCCAUUAUUUUUCCACAUGUAGACGAUUACGAUAAAAAAACAAAAACAAUUGGGCAAGUCGCGAAAUAUAAUACAAAACAAAUAAUUAUUUAUGGUUACCGUAAUGUACCAAACAUUUCGUUUUCUUUCUCUGCAUGCCCUUGUCAAAGUUUUGAAUACAUAUAGCGACUACGAUAUACGGUAUACUGAAAGAAUAAGAACUAUGUGAAAAAAAUGUGAGACAUGAACUAAGGACCCAUUUGUCGAUCUAUAUCUUUUAAGAAAUAGAUUAUCGAGGCAACGCACUUCUGACAAACAGAAUAAACAAUAAAUUUCUGUAGAAAAUCUCACAAUAAAUUCACCCGCAGUUUGAAGAACUAAUUUGGUGUGUUCACCAAACAUUAUUUCGUUCUCAAUAACAUCAGAGCGCUAAAGAGACGCAUCUACCGGGGAACAACAAAAGCGGGGUUUUCUUUUUAUCGAUCGGUUGGUGGUUAGGCAACAUUACGACGCCCCUCUAUUGCAGUGUUCAUUGGCAAUAUGCGGACACUGAGUUGGCGUUCCCUGGUUAUAAAACUCUCCCUGGCCUUGUGGAUGGGGCCUUGGCCUUCCGUUACAGCCUCUUUCAGGCCUAAUGUUGUGGCAGAAGUACCCGGAUUGGAUGUGGGUCCGCUUGUGUCGGUGACAGUGGCUCGAGGGGACACGGCCAGGCUCCCGUGCAGACAUCCAAGACACCCAGAGGACACAGUCAGCCUCGUCUUGUGGUAUCUCAACCAUACGUCAAGACCAUUCCUGAGCUACGACGCCCGCGACAAGAUUGACAGGGGCGAAGUGACCGGAGGAAGAAGCAAUCGGAUGUCUCUGGAGGCCGGAGGGACGUCGCUGGUUAUCCGGGAGGUGCGGAAGAAAGACCAGGCCGAGUACAGGUGCCGCGUCCACUUCCGGAUGUCUCCCACCUGGACGCAGCGACUUCUGCUCACGGUCCCAGAAAUUGUUGUGGAUGUGGAGCUAACCGAUGGGACAGGGCGUCCGUUGGAGGGACCCAGGGUUGGACCGCUGCCUGAAGGGUCUUCCCUUGUCUUAGCGUGUCAGGCAAAUCAUCGUAAUGCCCAAGUGAUCAAUUUGGUAUGGCUUCUGGAGGGGGUGCCCAUAGAUACCACGUGGGCAUCUGCCGAAGAGGACGUGGCCAUCAACCAGCUGACCAUCAGCGAUCUGGAACCGCGUCAUCGCAAUGCGCACCUCACCUGCCGCCUUGAGACCCGAGAUUCAGUCCACUUCCACGUCACGGCCAACAUUACAGACGCCUCACUCAUCAUCUCCAUGUUCUACGUCCCUGAGACGACGCUGGUAGUGGAAGGAGGCAGACGAAGCCACGAGGCCGGUGGAGGGAGAGAAGUCAUCGAGGGAAAGAGCGUCACUUUCCUCUGCUCUGUGAGGGCAGACCCACCAGCUUAUAACAUCACUUGGCUUCAUAAUGGUCGCGUUGUUGCAAUGGGCGGUCGGCGGUGGCGCAGAGACAAUACCUCGCUGGUCGUCACACCUGUCACGAGGGAUGAUAGCGGCCUCUACACCUGCCUGGCCUCCAAUUCGGAAGGCGACGGUCACUCAAAUGCCAUUCUUCUCCGAGUCGCCCACAUCCCAUACUGUGCAAUUAAACCCCAGAACCAGAUGGUAGUGGCUGUCAACACGACCAUCACGCUCUCGUGCCAGAUGGAGGCUGUCCCAAAGGACCUGACCUUCACCUGGACCUUAGCGGCUCCAUCCUUAAAACCUGCUGCGAAGGAUGACGGAGGUUCUUCACCCGGCGGAGUCAUCACGGGUGAUAGACCCCAUCGCCGAAUUCCAAGUCUCAUUGAUCUGACCCCCGCUGGUAAUCGCGCCGAGCCCGACUACUGGAAUACCCCAGCGCCAGUUCCUUGGGAGGACCCGUUUCCGUCGUCGUGGAAAGAUCCCACAGACGAAGAAUUGACCCUCAAAGGAUAUCUUUUGAGACAUCGCGUUGACCCUUCCUUCCCCGCUAAAUCCCAGGUCACGAUCACGCCGACGGUUCCAUCGAAGGUCAUCUGCUACGCUCGGAAUCGGGUUGGACUGACGCGGGUACCUUGCACUUACACUCUCAAUGUCGUUAAGCCUCCAGACCCUUUGCAAAAUUGCACCAUUGCUGGAAUAGGCGAGACCAGGAUAGAAGUGAAGUGCGACACCCCGGGCCGUACGAAGGGCUCUCUCACCUAUGACCACGCUGCUCAUAUGAUCCAUCAUUCGCCAAGCCUAAGUUUUGUCAGGUCGCCCGAGGCAAGCCCCAGAGCAAACCUAGAGGUCUGGUCUGGAGGUACCUUGGUGGCCAACGUGAGCAAUACAAGACCAGAAUUUUCAGUGCGAGGCCUUCCACCUGCUGCGCCCUUGAAAUUGGUUCUUUAUUCGGCUACAGCUCACACGAGAUCGACUCCAGUCGUCAUGUAUGGCAGAACUCUGCCUAGGACUACGAUACACGUGAAAGCCGCUCCUCAUCCAACAGACGCCAAGCCAAAGGAGCAACCGAAGAAUAAGUCUACCGACUUGGAAGGAAUGGGCGGCUUAGGAGUGGUGAUAGGGGGUUUAGUUGGCGGAGUGGGCGUUACUCUGCUCAUUCUGGCGAUGGUCAUCAUGAUUAUGAAACAGCGACAGCGGAGAAUGGCAGCCGAGGACACAUUCGACCACCCUCCAGAUUCCUUCCCAGAGGGAAGCUCUCAAGAGAUCCUUGCCCUGGACGCGCCCUCCAGCAGCACUAGUCCUCCUGUAGAGCCUUCGACAAGUACGCCUCUUCCGGACCAGACCCCUCCACCGCCCAGGAUGAGAACAAGCAGUAACGAACGACUAUGCCGUGGCAGCAAGGAGUCGAUGAGGAGCACAGAGGUUAUAUGUCAGCGGGAGGGAGCCACGACGAGCAGGCUUCUCGGAGGGAUGGACCUGACAAGGAUCAAAGGUUCCUUCAUGUUAAAGUGAGGCGCCUCCUCUCAGCUUGGUCUUAUCCCUCCUCGUUCAGAAAAAGGGAAGACCUACUACGUCGCCAGAGCCACGUUUUAAUUAAUGCUUAUGUGAAUGUUUU